CGGAAGUGGGCGGGAGGGCCGGAAGUUUAAGGGAAUUUCCUGUGAGCUCGGCUUCCUCAACAUGGCAGCGCCCUUGUCGGUGGAGGUGGAGUUCGGAGGCGGCGCGGAGCUCCUGUUCGACGGCAUAAAGAAGCAUCAGGUCACCUUGCCUGGACAGGAGGAACCCUGGGACAUCCGGAACCUCCUUGUCUGGAUCAAGAAGAACUUGCUAAAAGAGCGGCCAGAGUUGUUCAUCCAGGGAGAUAGCGUGCGGCCAGGAAUUCUGGUGCUCGUUAACGAUGCCGACUGGGAACUGCUGGGUGAGCUGGACUACCAGCUGCAGGACCAGGACAACAUCCUCUUCAUAUCCACGCUGCACGGCGGCUGAGGGCCCCGCACUGUGCCCAGGCUCCCUUGGGGUGGGGAGAAGAGAACAGUCAGACAUCCCCUGGGGCCCUGCUUCCAGGUCUCCCUGUCCCCCUUGGCCGCUUUCUUCCCUGCUCUGUCCCCCGAGCUCCCUCCAGGCAGGGAAAAGAGGCCAGGUGCUAAAAAUGAGCCUUUCUCAGGCACGUGAGUGGGGGUGGGCAGGCUCAGCCCUGCCUCCUUUCCCAGCAGCUGAGGUGGGGGAGGGUGCCCCUCUGGUUGGUCACAACAUGAAGGGGGCUCCGUGGCCAGGUGACCCAGCCACCUCCCACUCCUUGUAUCUCAAUCUAAACACUGAGUGACCACUGACAGGCUCCAACUCCUGGGCUGUAGCGUCUUCGAGGAGAAGAGGACUGGACCCAAAUAGCUUAUAGGAGGCCCCUCCCUUCUCAAAGAUGGGAGGAGUCUCUGCCUCAGUUUCCCCAUCCAGACAGCAGAGGGCUCUGGCUGUCCCCCACUGAUAUCAUUAUGGAACCCCAGCUGGGGUCCCCUAUUCAGUGCUGACUCCCCCCUCCCAGCAGCUGCUCUUCCAACCACACCCCUCCUCCUGCUCCCCCAGCCCCAGCCCUUGACCCUGGCUGGCCUUCCCCCACACACACAGGCCACCAGAUGGGCUCCUGAGACCCUCCCCCAGCAAAAGGCUGCCUGCAGCCCAUUCUGGAGAGAGAGAGCAGGCAGAAGCUUGAACUGGCAGAUAGCGGCCUGGGGAGUCAGAGUGCCUCAGUUUCCUCUUCAGUGGCAAUUGAGUAUUUAUAGUAUCUGAAAGCAGGCUUGAUACUUGAUGGCACAAAUGCAGACUUCAUCUCCUUUCCCACCUCCUGCAGGAAGCAGGAUGGGGGCAGGCAGCACCUGGUAGGCAGGAUGGUUUGCCCCUCCUCCCUCCAUCCCUUCUGGAAGUCUUGGGGCCUCAGUGUCUGCAACAGCUGGCCUUGGGCAAAUAAAAGACUAGGUUGUUUACUA